AUGACCAGGACUCCAAACUUCUCCGAUUAUUUGAGUUUAGAGAGAUUGAACCUUGGGUAUUGUGAAAAACUAAUUGAAGUUGAUGGUUCCCUCAAAAAGCUUAAGUGCUUGAUUUACUUCAAUGCGUAUGGGUGCAAAAAUCUUAGGGAGUUGCCCAAAGGGAUCGGAGGGUUACAGAAGCUCGAGUACUUGUAUUUAGGCAGUUGUGAAAAGUUGAGGAAGCUACCCCAAUCAUUUGCGAGAGUGACAUCACUAGUAGAGUUAGAUCUCUCGGAUACGGCCAUCACAAGAUUACCCGACUCCAUUGGUAACCAAAACCGCUUGUCUAUUCUUAAACUGGAAUGUACAAAAAUCGAUGAACUUCCCAAUUCUGUUGGGAAUUUACGAGAACUUAAAUCUCUCUUUCUAUCGGGUACUAACAUAAAGGAACUUCCAUUCUCGAUUGGUAAUUUGGAAUCUCUACUUGAGUUGGACGUUUCAAACACAAAAUGCCUGCAGUUACCUAAAUCUAUUGGAGACCUAAGUAGAUUAAAAAUCAUCAGGAUUUUGGGUACUGCAAUAAAAAAGCUACCACAGACCAUUGUUGCGCUAAAAGAGUUGGAAGAGCUGCAUGCCAACGGUUGCUCCGAUCUAAAGUGGGAAAUUCCCGAGGACAUUUGGCAAUUAUCGCUUUUGAGAGUGUUGGACUUGCAAUACACCCCUAUUGAAAAUAUUCCACGGAAGAUCAAACUACUUCCUCACCUAGAGAAAUUGAGUUUAGGGCGGUGUAGCGAACUCAAAGUAUUACCGGAGCUUCCCACAAAUUUGAUAAGCCUAAGCUUAGGAUUACAUUCAUUGCGGCAGUUCCCGAAUCUCUCAAACCUAACUAAAUUGGAGGAUUUGAGCUAUGAUGGUCAUGCAGAGAACUGUGGUCCUUUCUUCUUCCAAGAUGGUCAAUGCCAACUGUCCCUCGAGGUCCUUCCACCAUGUGUUUCAACAUUGUCAUUGCAAAAUCACACAAUUAGUUUGUCAUUUUGUUGCAACUUGAGAAAAUUGACACGUUUUUACAUUGGUAACUGUCAUUGGAAGGAAGUUCAAUUCGAUGGGCUUGAACAGUUGGUUGAAUUUGAAGUGAGUCACUCAAGCCUCCUUGAGAGAUUUUCUAGUCUUUCAAGUUUGAAGAGUUUGAAGCUGUUCACGUUGAAGAUGUGUCCAAAUCUUACUGCCAUCCAAGAUCUCGGUUCAUUGGAUUCGUUGGAGAAAUUGGAAAUAUCGCGGUGUCCUAAGAUCGGAAGUCUAGAUGAUCUAUCGGAUUUGAAAAAGCUGAAGACCUUGAUAAUUGGAUGUUGUGUAGAGCUUCAGGCAGUUGAGGGCCUGGAUGAACUAGAGACUCUCACAAUAUUGGCUUUUCACAGUUGCAGAUCAUUGAAAAGUUUCUCCAACUUAUUCAAUUCGAAAGUACCAAACAAGUGCCUACUACAUAUUAGCGGCUGCCCAGAUUUAGAAGCAAGAUUGUUUGUUGGCAUGUUCAGCACGUACAAGGAACAGAAAGUCGGGGGCAAAAGAAGGAAAAGAAAGAGAGGCGUGUAA